ACCAAUUGGAGAGCUCUCACCAAUCAAUGUGGCAUUCUCAGCCUGCACGGCUAGUGGGACACGCUCCAAUGACCCAAUACAAAGCAACGAACAAAGUUCAAUUUGAGGAACGGUUAUUCCUGUCACAUUGUCGUCUUCCUUCAAACUUUUUCUAAGAGCAACAAUGGAACGGAAACUUCCGAUCUAGAAGUCUUCUUCGAAUGUUAAAAGUUUCUAAUAAUGUUACGUUCAGAUAAGAAGUCAGUUAAACAUGGCGCAGUGAAUAAUGUCCGGCUCCUUUCUUUCAAUCACUCAAAUGGAGAUUCUUCAGCGUCAUCGCUAAACAACCCGUGUAAUGGCCGCUUUCAAGGCAAUCACUCGACUCAGAGUUCUUCUAAAAAGGAAAUUAUUGGGCCCACUGGUACUGUUCGUGGAUACAAGAAUAUGAUCAAAGAACGGAGAGAGAUUUUAGGACUUUGUUUUGUUGGAGAGAGUUUUGAGGAAAGCGAGGAAGGAAAGAUAGUCGUGUAUACGACCUCGAUGGGAGGAAUUCGAUCAACGGUGAAAGAGUGUGCGUACAUCAGGAAAUUAUUUGACAAUCUAGGAUUAAAAGUGGAUGAGCGCGACAUAUUUAUGCACAAAGACUAUCAGUGUCAGCUAGACACGCGGUUAGCGAUUCAAAAUGCCACCGUUCCUCAUGUGUUUGUGAACGGAGUUUCUUUGGGGGUAAGCAACAGCUUCCCUAUCUUUCACGAGGGUGUUGGAGAACUUGAACAUCUAAACGAAACUGGAAAACUUAAGAAUUUACUUGAAAACUUUGAGAGGAGGAAUAGCGGUGUAUGCCCCAUUUGCGGCGGGUUUCGAUAUAUCAACUGCACUCAGUGUCACGGAAGUAAAAGAUCAAGAAAAACAAGGAUUUCAAGAGAGAUCAAUGUCUUACGGUGUACUUCUUGCAAUGAAAAUGGUCUUCAACCCUGCUCAGAGUGUACAUAAUAACCACGAACUUUCCAGGGACAAGUGAAAGAACUUCUUUUGGUAAAAUUGGGUACCCUCUGGUGUGUUGUCGAGUUCUAGGCGGGAGCUAAGAAGAGCCUGUUAUUGAAGUGGCAAGAUAACUUUCUACGUUAUAUACAAAUGGAACCUAGGUUCUGCUUUGGAUGAGAAAUACUUCUCCUUAAUUUAUUUAAAAAAGUAAGGUAAUGAUGAACAGUUGUGGAACUUUAUGUGGUUCCUAAAUUCAUAUUUUACGGGGUUCUGGGUGCUAACACCUUGACGAACAUCCCAAGCACCAGGAAAUCAGGUGUCUGCAGCGCUAAUACAUGUAAAGAACAUAAGAGGAAAUUUUCAUCGAAUUGAACGAAACAAAACUUUUGUUUCCCAACAAAUGGAUCUACACUGCUUACUUGGGUUUAUUCCAAAUCCUAAAGCGAGAGUGGCACGACAUUUGUCGCGCGGCAGUUUUUUACCAAGCUCUUAGUAAUUUAAGUGGAUCAGCUAAAUAGGGAAUAAUUGAUCACAAUUAUUAUUUGACGAAAUGUGACUGAUGUGCAUGUAAUUAAAAGCUUGAAGGCGCGCCAGAGAGGAAUAAUUACUUCUAAGUAUCUCAAAAUUUAAUGAAAUUUUAAGGAUACUAUGGCCUGGAAACAUGGCCCAAGCGGGAAACUUUUCGA